CCCUGUAACCCGCCGCGAUGGAUCUGAACUGGGCACUGGACCACCUGUAUCAGUAUCCAUGGUUACCAGUCGCUACUGGAUUAUUGAUCGUCUUUGUCGGCUUGAUUGCGAUCCAGAGACUUCUCGCAAGUGGGUCUGAUUUCUGUCCAGAAGAUGUCCCGAAUACCGUUAUCCUGUACCAGUUCCAAAGAGGCCCCUAUGCCCCCAGCUUUUCCCCUUACUGCCUCAAACUGGAAACUUACCUGAGGAUGGCCAACAUACCUUACCAGAAUGUUCACGGUAUGAAGAAAUCGAGUAAAGGGAAGAUUCCCUGGAUUCGCUAUAACGGCGUUUCCAAGGCGGACAGUCAGUUCUGCAUCGACUUCCUGAACAAGAAAUUUGAUGUCGACCUCAAUUUCCGUCUAGAUCGAGCCAAUCAGGCCGUUGCACGGGCAUUUUCAAAACUUUUGGAAGAAUCGUUGACGUGGUACAUGAUAAUAGAGCGCUGGCUAUACAACCAGGACAAGCCCUGGAUGUCUGAGGCGGGGAUUCCCCGCCUCGUGCGAUGGUUCAUAGGGCGUAAGGUGCGGACGGCGGCGUAUUAUCAAGGCAUGGGCAGACAUACGCGAGAAGAGCUCCAUGACGUCAUGAGGAAGGAUAUUGAGGCCUUGUCGGCUUUUCUUGGGUCAAAGAAGUUUCUUAUGGGCUACCAGCCGUCAGAAGUGGACUGUAUCGCGUUUAGCCUGAUAACUCAGCUGACAGUCAACAUGUCGGGGUCGAUAGCUGACGUUUUCAUCACAGAAAAACACCCUGAAUUAUUGGACUACUGUGAUCGGAUGAGGCGCCGAUUUUGGCCAGAUUGGGAGGAAUGCACUACAAGAGGUGGGAAAACCAAAACCACCAAAUAG